AUGGCAACCUCCAGUUCUACGUCGACCUUUGGACCAAUCCCCACUGGCACGGUCUCUGCACACAUUGGAAGCCCUCCGAACACGACAGAUGACUAUUACAUUGCAAAGUACUUGUUGAUGGUAUUUGGCAAGACGACAGAUCCCGCGCUUGGUGCUUUCCUCCCUCCGGCAAGACCGGCACAAUAUGUAUACGAGACGAGAGGACCGCGGAUUAUUUUGUCGAUGAGUAUUGCGAUAGCGGUAAUGAUCAUUGUUACUGGAUUGCGAUUGGGGGUUAGGGUCUUCAGACGCGGGUUAUUGGUGGGAUGGGAUGAUGUUUUUAUCAUUCCUGGUGUGCUGCUUGCUAUAACAUGGCCGACGCUUCAGAUCUGUGCGGUGACAUAUGGAGGCGCAGGCAGACAUAUGUACGAUGUAACAUACGAAGAAUAUGGUCACUUCAAAAGAUUCUCCAACCUCUCCAAACCCAUGUUCUUCCUCGCUGUCGGCUUUAUCAAAGUAUCGAUCUGUCUCUUCAAUCGACGUCUUACGUCUCUCACCUCUCGCGCCUGGACAGUCUUCAACAACGUCUUCCUCUUCCUUCUCUUCUGCUAUCUUAUGCUGUCCCUGUUCUGGACGUUGUUUCAGUGUGAUCCUUCUUACGCAGGCUGGGAUCCAAUUCGGAUUGGGAGAGAAGGAAAGUCCUUUCAUUGUAUCAGUGAUAACAUUGUUGGGAGUACGUUGAGUGUUAUUCACGUCAUCAUGGAUUUUGGACUGCUCUCUGUGCCAUUGAUUGUUCUUUGGAAAGUAAGGAUGGGAUGGGGUACGAAAGCCAGGCUUUAUUUUGUGUUUAGUAUUGGAGCGAUGAGUUGUGUUGGAUCCUUCAUGAGGCAGAUUGAGCAGAAACGGCUUACGUUCUAUGACAUCUUAUGGAAUUUUGUCGCUCUCGAAAACUGGACUUUGAUCGACCUCUGCUUUGGUGUUGUGGCGGCAUCACUCCCCAUCCUUUCGGCGUUCAUCCCGCAAUCGUGGAAAUCAGCUCGAGGCACCACCGAUCCAACAAGUGCACGAUAUGGCAGUUCUGGUCCACGUAACUUGAAUAGACGAUCCGAACCUUACAUCCGGUCCACACGAAAGACGAGUAUCAGUGGCAAGCGAGAGGCUUGUGACAGUACGGAGAAUAUUGUGAGGACUGAUGUCAUUGAGCUCAGCUUUCAGAACAAGAGUCAAUUCUUUGAUAAGUCAAGUGGAGACGGACAGAUUGACUCGGAUACUUCGACGCUUGAACAUAGGCCGUAUAUCAAAGGCCAAGACUUCGGCUCAAAUGGAACGUAUCACGCUAACGAACGCAAGAUCUGGAUCGGUCAAGCCCAAUGA